AUGGAUACCGUCUCUCCAGCUUCACUAGAUGAGCGACUUUACUCGGUUAGGCGGCUUUGCGAUCAGCCAUCUGAAUUUGCUCCCGAAUUUUUCACGCCGGGCCCGGAGAACCUCGAAUGCAUUCGACAAGCAAAAAUCCUAGUGAUUGGUGCGGGUGGACUCGGCUGUGAAUUGCUCAAAGACCUGGCCCUCUCCGGCUUUGCCCAUAUUGAAGUCAUCGACAUGGACACCAUCGACGUCUCAAAUCUGAAUCGCCAAUUCCUGUUCAGGGAAGCCGAUGUAGGCAAGCCGAAAGCGGAAGUCGCUGCGGCAUUUGUAUCCCGAAGGGUGCCCACUUGCAGAGUUAUUCCCCAUCAUUGCCCAAUCGAAUCGAAGGGCCCUGCCUUCUACAAAAGCUUCAAUAUUGUUGUUUGCGGGUUGGACUCGAUAAAAGCGCGCAGAUGGAUCAAUUCUAUGCUUUGCGACCUGGUUCACACCGAUUCUGAUGGCGAGAUUGAUCCGGGCACGAUUAUCCCGAUGGUUGAUGGCGGCACGGAGGGCUUCAAGGGAAACGUUCGUGUGAUCUACCCAAAGAUGAGUGCAUGCGUCGAAUGUUUAUUGGAUUUGUAUCCGCCACAGAUAAAUUUCCCUAUGUGCACCAUUGCGCACACGCCGCGCUUGCCCGAGCACUGUGUUGAAUACGUGAAAGUCGUAGAAUGGCCGAAAGCCCACACGGAUGGCGAAUCGCUCGACGCCGACAAGCCAGAACACGUUGAGUGGGUGCUGAAAAGGGCGCAACAGCGAGCCGAAAAUUAUAAAAUCAGUGGUGUCGACUACAGGCUAUGCCUGGGCGUGCUGAAGCGGAUCAUUCCGGCGGUGGCUUCGACAAAUGCUGUCGUUGCUGCAUCGUGCACCCUGGAAGUGUUGAAGCUGACGUCAAAUGCCGCCUUCCCGCUCAACAACUACCUCAACUUUUCCCAGACUGAAGGCGUCCACUUUGGCGUCGUGGAACUCGAACGAAGCAUAAACUGCAUUGCCUGUGGUAACAACACGGUACAAUUCUCCGCCGAUCCCGCCGAAACGUUUGAAGAAUUUUUGGAGAAGCUGAAGGAAAAAUAUCAACUAUCUGCGCCGGACGUCCGAAUCGGUUCUGACAAAGCCUUGUACGUCAUCUCGGACCUGUUUCCGGAUUUGCUGGAGAGCAGCCAGAAGAAUUUGUUGCGGAAAACAGCAGAGCUUUUCGACGAGGCUUCCGAGUUGCUCGUCUCCGACCCGACCCUCACCCGUGCUCUUUCAAUUAGGAUCGAAUAUGCAAAG